UAUGGGGAAUGAUGGGGGUUCUGGAACUGGUCAUGAGGGCUCAGCCUUGGAUGGGGAGCCAGUGGCAGAGGUUGUAGCCAGCUCUGGGUUAGAGGCAGUGCUUGGAUCUGGGUCUCGACCAUGGCCUCUUUUGGGGUCUAGCGUUAGUCCGAGGUCUGGGUCUGCAUUUACACCCACCUCUGUGUCCCCUCUGUGGAAAAAACAGGAAGUUUCUCCAUCUAGAGUUGUUGAGGAAAAUGUCAGUGAUUUUGCAGAGGAUAUUGAGCAGGAGACAAGUCUUACCAAAGUGGACCUCUCUCAGAUGGACAAGCACAACAUGGUGAAUGAUAGUCUCAGUGGCAACCUCAUCAAGAGCCAGUUUAACAUAAGCAUGCGUGUGUCUUCUGAAAGGGUCAACAGCAGUUAUAGAAACACAUCUAGUAGUAAUAGCUCUGCUUGGCAUUCUGAUCAUAAUUCGACGCAGUAUUCUCUUAAAUACUCUGUCUCGGGCGAUUCAUUAACUGCCAGAAGCAGCCGUGUUUUCACAGUUUCUGCAGUUUCACCAGUUUCACCAGCUUCACCAGCUCCAGUUGAGUCCCAGCGCUGCGUGCCGGUCAACUCGGACCUCCCAUUCUGCGGCGGGAGGGGAGCAGAGAGCUUCGCUGUGCCCAACUUCCUGAACCAGAGCAGCGCAGAGGAAGUGCGGGCACUGCUGGGUGAGUGGGCAUGGCUCCUGCGCUCAGGCUGCCACCACGGUGCCCCCUGGUUCUUCUGCCUGCUGGUGACGCCCCGCUGCGGCACCCCCGGCCGGCCUGCACCGCUGCCCUGCCGCAGCUUCUGCGAGCUCCUCGCCGACAGCUGCUGGAUGCUCCUGCAGGGGCGCCGCCUCCCCGUGGAGUGCAGUGCCCUGCCCGAGGAGAGCGAUGCCGGCUAUCCAUGCUUGUCAGUUAGUACCCAGAAAGAAGUGAAUAGCAUCUCACUCCUGCAGCUGGUCGGUGAGCCUCUCCCCGAAGGUGUCACCAAGACUUCAGACAACAGCCCCGGCUAUGUGUUCAGUACAAAUUCCAAGACGGGUCAGCUGGCCCACGCAUAUCUGCCCAACCCAUUCUUCCAUGACUUCUCACUCCUCUUCAACGUGAAGCCCACCUCCAAAAAAGCUGGCAUUAUCUUUUCCAUCACCGACUCCUACCAGAAGAUCAUGUAUGUGGGGGUGAAGCUGACAGCCAUGCAGGGCAAGAAGCAGAACAUCGUACUUUUUUACACAGAGCCAGACUCCCAGACAUCCUAUGAGGCAGCCAGCUUCAGUGUGCCCUCCUUGGUGGGCUCUUGGACACGUUUCUCCAUCAGCGUGUUUGAGGAGCAGGUCUCCCUCUACCUUAACUGCGACUCGGAUCCACAGGUUGUCCGCUUUGAGCGCUCCCCGGAUGAAAUGGAGCUAGAGGACGGAGCAGGGAUCUUCAUUGGACAGGCUGGAGGUGCUGAUCCUGACAAGUUUGUGGGCAUUAUUGGAGAUCUGAAAGUGAUUGGAGACCCCCGUGCAGCAGAACGCCACUGUGAAGAAGAUGAAGAUGACUCUGAUGCAGCCUCGGGUGACGAUGGAAGUGGUUAUAACGAAAUGCCAACAGUCUCGACCACACCUUCCUUAAGACCCAUCCAGGAGCCACCACUAACCCACAAGAUACAGAAUUUGCCAGAGACAGCCAAAGAUCAAAGGCGAAUUUCUGGUUCCACUGAUGGCAGCAGGCAAAUCUCAGGCACAUCGCCAGAUUCACGGCAAACUUCAAGCUCAGCUUUGUAUCCUGGCAAGGCAUCAGGCUCAGCAGAUAGCUUCCGGCAUACAUCUGUCAGAAGAGGGGAUGGCCAGGGAGUUCCUGCCACUGUUGAUGAGACACUCCACUCAGCAUCACUAAGGCCAGGAGCUCACGGGCCGCGAGGCUCGGGUGGCACACAGGGACAGAAAGGGGAAAAAGGAGAGAAGGGAGACAAAGGAGAGCGUGGCCCCCAGGGGCCCAAGGGAGAUGCAGGCUCCAAGGCAGGACCAGGAGUAGACACCAAAGGAGACAAAGGUAGCCCAGGAGAGAAAGGAAUGAAGGGUGCUGCAGGUUUUGGUUUUCCUGGACCAAAGGGUGAGCCAGGACUGCCUGGUCCACCAGGCCCACCUGGCUUGCCUGGGCCCAUUGCCAGUGUGGUGGAGAGAGGAGAUGGGUCUGUAGUACAGAGGGUUGCAGGACCCAGGGGACCACCAGGACCCCAGGGGCCCCCAGGCCCAGCUGGUCCUUCUGGCACUGAUGGAGAACCUGGUGACCCUGGCGAAGAUGGAAAAGCAGGUGUAGUUGGACCCCCAGGUUUCCCGGGAAUCCCAGGUAACCCAGGACCAAUGGGAGAAAAGGGUGACCAGGGGGAAGGUCACCCAGGACCAAGGGGACCACCAGGGCCUCCAGGGCCCCCUGGAACCCUAUCCCGCUCAGACAGACCUACAUUUGUGGACAUGGAAGGCUCUGGUUUUAUGGAUAUAGAGGGUGUGAGGGGUUUGCCAGGUUUGCCAGGCCCUCCUGGCCCUCCCGGACCUCCAGGACUGCCGGGUCCCACUAGUGCGCCGAUGUCUGCUGUUUUGGGUGGCUUUGGGCCACCUGGUCAACCCGGACACAACGGGGCUCCUGGCAAACCAGGGGUUUCUGGACCACCAGGUGCUGAUGGCAAACCAGGCCCACCUGGCCUCAAAGGGGAGAAGGGUGACACUGGCGAACUUGGCUUACCUGGAGCAGUGGGAGAAAAGGGUGCACAGGGGCCUUCUGGUGCUCCUGGUAAACCAGGAGAGACUGGGCUCGCUGGGCUUCCGGGACCAAUGGGACCCGUUGGACCACCAGGACCCCCGGGGCCAAGCUAUCGAGUUGGCUUUGAUGACAUGGAGGGCUCUGCAGUAAACAUGUUCGGUGGUGUACCUGGCGUCAGAGGGCCCGAAGGCAUACAGGGCCCCCCUGGAGUUCCAGGUCUCCCGGGCAAGUCAGGUCUGCCUGGUCCUAAGGGAGAAAGAGGCAGCGAAGGACCUCCGGGAGUGGAGGGUCGCCCAGGGCUUGACGGGUUUCAAGGACAACAGGGUCCUAAAGGUGACCAUGGAGAGAAAGGAGAGAGAGGUGAGCCGGGCCGAGAUGGUAUCGGCCUUCCAGGCCCACCCGGCCCUCCAGGACCUCCAGGACAAGUCAUCUCUCAGCCUUCUGAUGAUGGUGUAGCAGGCAUCCCUGGCCAAGCUGGAUUCCCAGGCCCAGUGGGACCAAAGGGGGAGACAGGGGACCCUGGCCCCCCAGGCCACGGCAUUAAGGGUGAGAAAGGAGAACCUGGUCUGGUUAUUGGACCUGACGGAAGCCCUCUUUACCUCGGUGGACUGGCCAGUCACAAGGGAGAGAGGGGACCUCCUGGACCAAUAGGACCUAUGGGGCCAUAUGGACAUCCUGGCAUGAAGGGUGAGAUCGGAAUGCCAGGCAGGCCUGGUCGGCCAGGAGUGAAUGGAUAUAAAGGAGAAAAAGGUGAACCAGGCUCAGGUGCUGGAUACGGCUACCCUGGCCCAGCAGGCCCUCCGGGGCCCCCUGGUCCCCCAGGGCCUACCUUGUCUCUGGACAGGUUCAAUAGAUAUGAAGAUAACGGACGCUACCCAGCUUUGAAAGGAGAGAAAGGAGAUCGUGGAGCCCCUGGUGUUCCAGGACCACCAGGCAACUUUGACAUUUACACUUUGAAGAGCGAACUAAAGGGUGAACACGGGGAACCAGGACUGAAAGGCGAUAAAGGAGAGCCAGGUGGCAGCUUCUAUGACCCGCGCUUCAGAGGUGUGACAUCACCAGGCCCUCCAGGAAUCCCUGGACUUCCUGGUCCUAAAGGAGAUUCUAUCAGAGGGCCCCCUGGUCCACAGGGUCCACCAGGGCCUCCUGGCAUUGGCUAUGAUGGCCGUCCAGGAAACCCCGGACCACCAGGACCUCCAGGGCCUCCCGGUUCCCCUUCACUACCGGGUGCUUACAGACCUACGGUUGGGAUUCCUGGCCCCCCUGGUCCCCCGGGUCCACCUGGCCUCCCUGCCCAAAACAGUGGUGUGGUGAUUUUGAGAACACGUGAUAUAAUUCUGACAGCAUCAUCUAGACAACCAGAGGGUUCGCUCAUCUACGUUGUGGAGAACAGUGAGCUCUAUAUCAGAGUGCGGGAUGGCCUCAGACAAGUCACGCUUGGAGUUUAUAAGCCCUUCUACAGAGAUUUGGACAAUGAAGUGGCAGCAGUGCAGCCGCCACCGGUGGUGCACUACUCCCAGGGCCACUCAGCCAGUAGCGGCGCGGAGCAUUUCGCCCACAGCGAAUCCGCCAGCCGACCCAUCGAGCCCCCGGCCCGGCAGCCCACAGAAAAGCAUGUGAGGGAGCCACCUCCACCUGCCCCCCUGGACCCCCGCUAUGACCCCCGCUACUCCUCCCACCCAGACACUAGGUACCAGCCCCAGCCCCAGCCGGACCCGAGGUACCAGCCCCAGCCGGACCCGAGGUACAUCCCCAUGCAGCCGGACAGGUACCCUGUCACCCCCGCCCGCAGACCCAACCUGCCCGUCCACCAGCCUGAGGGACAUAUGCAUACAUCAGGACCAGGGCUGCACCUGAUCGCCCUGAACAGCCCUCAGGUGGGUAACAUGCGGGGGAUCCGCGGAGCCGACUUCCUGUGCUUCCAGCAGGCACGAGCUGCAGGCCUGAAGGGCACAUUCAGGGCCUUCUUGUCCUCCAAGCUGCAGGACCUCUACAGCAUUGUGCGCAAGUCUGACAGACACACGCUGCCCAUCAUCAACCUUAAGGACCAAUUGCUGUUCAACAGCUGGGAAUCCUUGUUUGGAGAGGGCAGGAUGAAGAGCAAUACUCCUAUCUACUCAUUUGACGGUAGAGAUAUACUGAGGGACAGCGCCUGGCCAGAGAAGAUGAUCUGGCAUGGCUCAGAUGGUAAGGGUCACCGUCAGAUGGAUAACUACUGUGAGACGUGGCGGACGGCAGACAGCGCUGUGCUGGGUCUGGCCUCCUCGCUGCAGGCCGGCCAGCUCCUGCAGCAGACUCCCAGAAGCUGCUCAGGCUCCUACAUAGUGCUGUGUAUCGAGAACAGCUACAUCACACAAUUCAAGAAGUAAGGAGCCCAACCAUCCCAUAGAGUGGCGCUAUAGCAAUUGCCAGAAGAGGACGAUUUGUACCACACACCCCCUCCCCUGAAUACACACAACCAUCCUGCUUAUAAGCAUAAAUUACAAAACAAAAGACAAAUAGACUGAGUCUGGAGAGAGGCUGCCUGGUGUUCUGUGGUUCCCUAUGUAAUGCUGAAGAGACAGGCAGAAGAGAGUGGUGCUGACCCUGUCUGUGGAACAGACCUCUGUCUCCAGCCACUGGCACAUAUUUUCCAGGGGUGGCUGAACCAGGUGAAAGAGGCAGGGUUUUUAAUUGUAUCCAUAUAAAAAGAACUUUUUACAUGAAAUGUUUGUCUCUCAUGUUGUUUUCUUGUUUUUCUGUUUAGCAUUGUUUUUUUUUCAUGUCUUCAUUGGUAUAUUUAACCAGUUUUAGCUACGUUUUGUGUAACUUUGUUGUUGUAUAUUGCUUCAGUUUCAGACAUGUUGGAUACUGAGAGGCAGAAAAGGCAAAAAAAAAAGUUUUUAGAAUUUACAAAAAGUAAAUAUUUAUUCUACAGUAAAAAGAACUGAUAAAUCAGAGAAAUGAUGAAUUUGAAACAGGAAAAAAUAGUGUACUUCUUAUUCUAUUUUAGCUAGCACUUUUUUGCAGUAUAUGGGUUGUAUAUAUAUAUACAGGUGAAAGAGUGAAACUAAAAUAGAUUUUCCUGAAUUAGAACUACUCUAAUGAAAGAGUCAAAAGAAUAAUUGUGUGAUUCCUUUAAUAAUUCAAUGUUUAGCCCCCUAAAGGACUUUUAUAAAAAUUAAUAAAUGGGAUCAUCGGUAUGUAAAAUGUGAUCAUCAAGGGAAAAUUCUUCUUGUUCAUUCCAGAUCACUUUAUACAGGAUAAAAAGGCAAGAGGAAAAAGUAGGCUUAAAAAUACAAAAAUCCAUAAUUUUUAUACAUGGCCCCUAGACUAUAUACUGUUAAAGAUUAAAAUUUGUUAAAAGUUUUUUUAUUCCAGCUAUUUAAAAAAUCCUACACUAGAUAGAAACGGAAUUCCAGUUAAGUUCCAUUUGGUCCUGUUUCCUGUGUGAGUAGUCUAGAUCCACAGAGACCCACUUCAUAAAGACAGUGUAGAUACAUAUGAAAUUUCAGAUCCUGAUUGCUCCAGAGCUGGUGAUUGAGUAACAUCCUGUGAAACUCGAGUCUUUUUGUAACCAAUAUGUGCUCCACCAUUUUUGCAAGGCACUGAAUAAACGAUUUUUGAAAUUCACAAAAACAAAA